AUGGAUCACACCUACGCCCUACCCGCAAGCCCGACUCAAGUCUGUGAUGUAUCUUCAACCACUCCGUCGAGUGAAUCGGACACUCACGAAUGCCCGGUCUGUCUUCAAGCUCCGCAGCUGCCAAUAAAACUGCCGUGCAAUCACAUCUUCUGUUUCCUUUGUGCCAAAGGGUUCGCCAAUCAGCAUGGGAGGUGUGCGUACUGUCGAGCGGAGAUUCCCAUCGGCUACAUGCAGCUGCCGACCGUGGUACCGAGGAACUCGGAAGGAGGCUCCGACGCAGAUAGGAAGUACCAGUGGUUCUACGCAGGCCGCAACGGCUGGUGGCAGUUCGAGAACCGCCAUUGCGAGGAACUCGAGGAAGCGCUUCAAAAGGGUGAUUCGCAGUACGAGCUGCAGGUGUCUGGCUUCAUGUACGUGAUCGACUUGCACCAGAUGGUCCAAUACCGCAAAGAUCGCCCUGGCAGGACUCGUCGAAUUAAGCGCGACAUCAUCUCGGCGCCUCGGAAGGGCGUUGCUGGGCUCCGCGACGAUCUCAUCAAUGGUUCCUUGAUUUGAUCCUUAACGGAUCUGUACCUUACCCACCAGAUUCUAUUUCAUGGUCGAUCCGACCGCGAGUUGACUCAUGCGGGAAGCGAGAACAAACGGAGGAGGACGAGGUGGUCGCACUCCGAUCGACAAACAAAAAUGAUCAAGCCAUUCUCAUACGAUUGGGUGAUAUCACGGAAGUUGAUGAUUCCGAAG